GUGAUUUCACGUUUGGUUUCAGAGUCAAGCCUCCAUAAGAGUGCAUAGCAGGAAAUUAAUUCUGGACAUAAAGGGGACUUAUCUUCAGGGCCCCCCCACAUUUUACACUUAUGUGGGAUCUCUGAUUUAAGGGCUCUGUUUGCCCUCCCUCCCAUCUCCAUCCUUCAAGUCACCGUACGUCAUGCUCAUAACCCUCUGCUACGUGUAUUUGUGGCUGCGUUUCCGGUCCUGCUACGCUUUACUGAUCAGGAGUUGUGUUGGCCAAUUCCAUAGGACCAGCUCGUUCACUUUUUGCACCCAAAAUCAGGAACAAGGGAAAAAGAUCCAUAGUGGACGACAGGGGCCUGGGGAGGAAAAGUUGUGCCUAAGAGUGGGCAACAAAGCCUUCUUCAUUGACCAUUCCCAGCUCUUUGAAGAUCUGAACAAGUGGAGCCUGUUGCUGGGGCCCCCCAGUGAUAGUGAUCUCGGAGUGCGGAGGAUUGCCUUCAUUACCGAGAGCUCUUUAUUAUCUAGUGAAACCUUAUCAGCUGCUUCACGCUCUUCCAAAAAGGUCCGGAAGCUCUCUGAAUACUGUUUACCUCUUGCUCUGCACCAUGGAGACUCUUCAAGGUUAUUGGCCGAAGCGAGUGUGGAUAACUUCAGCGAACUGGGUAUAGCAUUCAUGGAAGAUCGCCUGCGGAUGGAUAAUGGAUCGCUUCCUCAGAAAAUUACCUCCGUGCACUUGAAAAAGUCUUUUACGAAUAAAGAAAAAGCAUUACAAGAAGAAGCCUCGGUUGAAACCGUAUCCGCCCAGGAACCAGUAGGGUCUGGUUCUGAGAAGAACCGUAUAGAAGAAAUGGGAGUAGCUGAGAGCACUGAGAUGGUUCACAGCCAAAAAAGUGGUGGAAACUCCGGUGCAAGUGGUGGAACUGAUCCCAGACAGAAAGAGGAAGCUGGUGGAGAACAUCUUCAUCUCCACCUAUCUAGCUGCCAUGAGUGUCUAGAGCUGGAGAACUGUACCAUCGAGUCGGUGAAGUUUGCAUCAGCUGAAAACAUUCCGGACCUCCCUGAUGACUUCAACAGCUUGGAGGACAGUUCUGAUGGGAGUUGUCUUAAAGAGACAUCAACUCUUAACAGAACCGGAAAGCCACCAAAUGUUCUCAUAUAUGGUGGCUCCACAUCCCCAGACCGGCUGCAGCGAGUCAAAGAUGUCCUUCUCCAGUGUUUCGAUCCUUAUAGAUAUGUAGUCUACCCCCUCCCAGAAGAACAAGUCCUCAGGGCUCCGUGGAUGGACAACUGUUUGUUAUUGGUGGUGGCGGCCGAGCAGCCAAUAUCAUCCCAGGUCCAGGACCUGUUCACUUCUUAUAUGGAAAGUGGUGGGAAGAUCCUAGGACUGUCCUCCUCAUUUACAUUUGGCAACUUGAGUUUACAGAAGAGGUCUCAGAUAGAGGAGUCCGUACAAGCUUUUGUCUUUGACAGGUCCAAAGGCAAUCAGAUUAAUUUCAAUGGAAUCGCCAGCGGCUUUGUGUAUGAGAUGCAUGACGAUGAUCAGGUGGAUGGAUGGGGCUACAUGGACAGUGAUAGUCAAGAUGUGAUCAUGAUCCACCAAACCUAUGGAGAAUGUGAUGGAGAAGCCGUUCUUUGUCAGGUGAGACUGGAGAGCGCUGCACAGGGUCAAAUGGAUCAUGAUAAGGAGACCUUUGACUCUCUAAAACUGAGCAACCCCCAGAGGCACGAGGUGCUGACACAGAUCCUCCUAAGUCUUGGUCUGGAUUGUGAAACGCGCUCUGUCCCCUCUCUGACCCCUGUUUACCUGCUGACUGCCCGAGAGGAGGAUUACCCUGAUGUUCUCCAUUGGAUUAAAUCAAAGAAGAACAAAAAUGGCUUGAUAAAAUCCAGCAAGUUGUCUCUGAAAAUCUGUGAUUCCCCGCAGUACGAUGUGGACAUCACUCCAUCACUGGCUCCACUUAUCACUGGAGAAGAAAGCUUUGUUUCUGAGGACUUCAACCUAGACAAAUAUCGGGAAAAUCUCCAUACUGACCAGCUGGGUAAAGUCGUACUGUUUUCCGAGGUCACCACCUCCACCUUCAAUGUUCUUGAUGGGCUGAUGUUUCACGAACCAAAGGAAAUGGGGUUAAUCGCUAUUGCAACUCGGCAGACUCAAGGCAAAGGUCGGGGUGGGAACGUCUGGCUCAGCCCCAAAGGAUGUGCCCUAAUGACAUUGCUUGUCUCCAUUCCCCUGUCAUCUCCGCUGGGGCAGAGGAUCGCCUUUGUACAGCACCUGAUGUCCAUAGCUGUUGUGGAGGCUGUGAGGACCCUGCCCGGAUAUGAGGAUAUUGAAUUGAAGGUCAAGUGGCCGAAUGAUAUUUAUUACAGUAAUCUGAUGAAGAUCGGCGGAGUCCUGGUCAACUCGACCCUCAUGGGAAACAUGUUUCAUAUACUGAUCGGUUGCGGGUUCAACGUCACUAACAGUGACCCAACCAUCUGUAUCAAUGAUCUCAUCUACGAGCACAACAAGAGAUAUAAAACAAAUAUUGAUCCGCUAAGGGUGGAUACAUUGAUAGCCCGGACGGCGUCCGCUCUGGAGAGGCUCAUUCAUAUAUUUCAGAAGGAAGGACCCAAUGGUGUCCUGCCCACCUAUUAUAAGUAUUGGGUGCACAGCGGGCAGCAGAUUCGGCUCGGCGGUGAGGACGGCCCUUUAGCCUGGAUUGUUGGAGUGGAUGACUCCGGGUUUCUCCAAAUUCUCCAAGAAGGGAAAGAUGUUGUCACUGUCCAUCCCGAUGGAAACUCCUUUGACAUGUUGAGAAACUUGAUUAUACCAAAGCACUCGUAAUCCAGAUAAAGCCGCUCCUAGGUUUUCUCUUAAAGGGGUACUCCACUGCUCAGCGUUUGGAACAAACUGUUCCGAACGCUGGAGCCGGCAGCUCGUGAUGUCAUAGCCCCGCCCCCUCAGUACAUCUCGCCCUGCCCCCUCAAUGCAAGUCUAUGGAAGGGGGCGUGACACGCCCCCUCCCAUAGACUUGCAUUGAGGGGGCGGGGUGUGAGGUCAUGAGGGGGCAGUGAUAUGACACGCCCCCUCCCAUAGACGGUUAUGACACGCUCCCUCCCAUAGACUUGCAUUGGGGGGGGCGGGACGUGGCGUCAUGAGGGGGCAGGGAUAUGACACACCCCCUCCCAUAGACUUGCAUUGAGGGGGCGGGACGUGACAUCAUGAGGGGGUGUGGAUAUGACACGACCCCUCCCAUAGACUUGCAUUGAGGGGGCGGGAUGUGGCGUCAUGAGGGGGUGGGGAUAUGACACGCCCCUCCCAUAGACUUGCAUUGAGGGGGCGGGACGUGACAUCAUGAGGGGGUGGGGAUAUGACACAACCCCUCCCAUAGACUUGCAUUGAGGGGGCGGGAUGUGGCGUCAUGAGGGGGUGGGGAUAUGACACGCCCCCUCCCAUAGACUUGCAUUGAGGGGACGGGACAUGACGUCAUGUGCGGGUGGGGAUAUGACACGACCCCUCCCAUAGACUUGCAAUGAGGGGGCGGGAUAUGACACACCCCCUCCCAUUUACUUGCAUUGAGGGGGCGGGACGUGACGUCAUGAGGGGGUGGGGAUAUGACACAACCCCUCCCAUAGACUUUCAUUGAGGGGGCGGGGCGUGACAUCACGAGGGGGUUGGGCUAUGACGUCACGAGCUCCCGGCUCCAGCGUUCGGAACAGUUUGUUCCAAACGCCGGGCAGCGGAGUACCCCUUUAAAUAUAGACAUUCCCAAAAUCAGUGGCCGCAUUGGUCAUUGUCUAACAUAGAUAUAUUUUAAUACCAUAUGGCUGGUUUUAGGUUAUUUCUCCUGAGUUUUAUUAUAUUUCACAAUCUAUAUGACGCUAUAUGACAGUAUAUUUGUAUAAUGGGGUCGGUAGCGGGACUGACUCCCUUAGGGACAUGUUUACAGGUGUUUGGGGUUUUUGGGAUUGGAUGCUCUGAAAUCAAACUGUAGUUAGUCUGAUAAUAAAGGAAAUGAUUC